GGGCUGUACGGGCUGGGCAAACUCUUGGGCGCGGUUCCGCCGGGGGGCGGCCCGGGCGCCGGGGCCCCGGCCCUUGGGCCGACAAUUGUCUCCAAGAUAGGAAGCCGACUGGACACGCACCGAGCCGCGGCGGCGGCGCUGCUGAACCAGGACGGAGGGCAAACGCCGGGGAUUCUGGCCCAGCGGAAGAGCGUUCUCGGUUGCUCCCCGGAUUCGGCCCCGUCAGCGGAGGAGAAGGACGACGCACAGCUGGCGCCGCUGAGCAAGGUCGAGAAGCUCUGCCCCGUGCUAUUCGAGGGGACGCCAACGGACGAAGCCGCUGGAGGCUCGGUAGGGGUCGCGCUUGAUAAGAUGAAGGCGUUUGUAGGAACCUUCGGUCAAGAGACGCGCCGCGAUUGGAAGAAGAAGUGUCCCUGCUUCGAGAAGCCGUUCGAGGAGAAUCCGAAUGCAGACGAUUGGUAUCCAAGAAAAAAACGCUGAUAGUGUAUGGUAAAAAAAACUUUGUGUUGGAAACGAUGCAAGACAGCUACUCUUCGUCGUGUUGUUGAUUACUUAUGCGUCAUAGGCUAGCACUAGCUCCAUUCUAAGUGCGCGUUUCUUUUCACGAAGCGCUCGCGCAUGACAAGUUUUUGCUGUCAUGCCAGGCAGCUCUAUCAUCGACUUUUUCCUCCAAAGGGUUAAUACACUAUUUACACAGUUUUGUUUUCUCGGCAUAAGUGGGCGAGGAAGUCUGAGGGGUCAAAGCCCGUACGGACGGCGCUGCCGUUCUUCCAAUUCAGUGACAACUUAGCGGUGAUGGACGACCGCCUGGCGCAGUUUUUUGCCUCGGCGAAAGGAAACACGAUAAGCACCUCGGUGGCCGGGUACGACGGGCGGCCGGAGACCUUUUGGGAGGCGUCCGACGACAAGCGCUACCCGUUCAACCUUCCGGAUUAUCUCACCUUUGCGGACAAUUUACUGUCGGAAAAAUUCAAGGCAAACGCGGCCGGGUUUCACGCGUGGCCGUCCUUGAAGCAGCAUUGCGGGAAAACCGGGUCGGACGAGUCCCGGUCCGGCUGUCCGGGCGCGGUCUUGCGCAUGCUGCUCAACUAUGCAUUGCAAAUAUGUCAUCUGGGUCCGCAGGAGUGUCCGACGAUUUUGUCAUGCCAAAUUUGAUCGACACAAAAAUCUGUAUUCCGUGACCAGGAACAAGAGUCCCCACUUUUGGUUCUUACCAGAAGGCGGCAUUCCUCAUUCGGAUUCAGCAUUGCGGAGCCUUCUCGAAACUUGUGAUGCUGGAGCCGACAUUCCAGGCCUUCUGGGUCAUGCAGAAGCUGCAUGACAAAGCUCGCACUUUCCAGACCCAGACAUAUUUGCUUUUGAUAUCAACCCGCGGUACGGGGUCUCCCCGCGCGCGGCGCCGACCUUCAAGGUCAAGUCCGCGCCCAGGUCCUACGACAUUCCCGAAGCGGACCUGGUUUUGUGGAACGACGACGUCUUUAGCGAUUGCACGGACAAAGACGACCUGUCCUGUGUUUCCCAGGCCGACGAGCUGCACGCGAACGGGGGACGGUCGCCUGCCGGCACCGGACCUGCGAGCGCGGAAGUGCAGCUGGAGCAUUUGGGCACGGCACUGGCCGACCUCCGCAUCUGGGCCGAGCAGCUCAGCUCGGACGGUACCGAGGAGCAGGCAAGCGCCGCCGAGACGGUGGAGGCGACGCGCAACAAGCUGACCGCCUUCAUGGGCCACACGGGGCGGGAAAUCUUAUGCAUUGCAAAUAUGUCUGGGUCUGGAAGGUGGUAACUUGUCAUGGUAAAUCAAAAUCUGAAGCAUACAAAAAUCUGUGUUGCAUGAGUGCCAAAAACUGUCCACAGUCGACCAAGUUGGGAGGGAGUUUCUCAUGCAGGAUAGGCAUGGCGGAGACAUCGCAGAGUCUGUCACGCUAAGUCCCGCAUUCCAGACCUCAUGGGUCAUGGAAACUCUGCAUGACAUCAGCCAUGGUAUCUGGAAACUCUGCAUGACAAGUUUACACUCUUCCAGACCCAGACAUUUUUGCACUUGAUAAAUCUGGCUCAGUGACAACUGGCUGAAGGAUGUGCUCAAGCUCGGCUCGGGCCUCGUGGAUUUUGCCAACACCGAACGCUGGCAGCGGAAGGGCUACUUGCGCAACGCCCCGACCGUAUCGUCCUUCCGAGAAGAAGAGGGUACGACGAACGCGGCGGCGAACGGAAUAAAUGGUCCGUUCGAAGGACAAGAGGGUUCUUUUUUCUCGGGCAGCGAAGCCGGAGCCGGAGCCUCCACGGCGCUGGAGCUGAGACCCCCCCAGGAAUGGACCGUGCUGUGCUCCGCGUGGCACGUGGCGCACAUGGCGAACCGGGGACCCGCGGGCCGCGACUACGCGAAUCUGUUGAACUUUGAGUACCGCCAAGCCCCCUACACCCAGGGCGAGAAGUGGAUUAUCAAAUGCAAAAGUGUCUGGGUCUGGAAGGAUCCGAACUUGUGAUGCGCAUUUUAGAACACAGAAAAAUCUCUCAUGCAUAGAUAGGAAAAGCUGUCCACUUCCUGUCACCAAAAUGGAAGAUUUCUCAUGCGGGCCCCGCAUUGCGGAAGCUUCUCGAAACCUGUGAUGCGAGAGCUUCCAUGCCAGACCAUCUGCGUCAUGCAAAAACAGCAUGACUCUCCCAGACCCAGACAUUUUUACAUUUGAUAUGGAUGCGCGACCUGCAAGUGGCGCGGAAGGAUCUCCCGCAGGAGUUGGAAAACUGGGCUCAGGAGUGGACCAACGCCGGCGUGGAUCCCGCGCAGCACGGGUGUCCCGACAGCGAAUACAACUUUGUGCAGGAACGUCGACUGCAGCCCGUGGUCCCAGAAAUUCAGCCUCUGCUCGGGAGCCUGCAGCUGCGAAAGUGAAAAAUCUCCCUUUAUUCAAAUGCGAAAUUUGUGAUGCUGGGUUUGCGUACACCGGGAUUUACAGAUCCUGAGCCUGAGUACUUAUGUCUAUGCUUAGCUGUUUCGCAUGGCAGAUGCCUGCUCUGUAGGCCCAACAGCAUGAGAAAUUACCUCCGUGAUACAGCGAACACCCCGGGACAUGGAGUUGCUUUUUGCAACACAGACUUCCCUUUUGAAUAAGGGGAGAGGUGAUUUUUCCUCACAAUAUCAGCUGUGGCUACGGGAUAUCGUCGUCCAGGCAGAGCACGACCUUGCUCGAGAGGGGGAUAUACAUUGCAAAUAUUUCUGGGCCGGGAAAGUUGUCAUGCUAAAACAUGAGCGACAAAGUAGUGACCGCAGUACGCAGCCAAGCAUGACAAAUAUUUGCGCGUUUCUGGAGUGCGUAAAGAGAAUUUGUUUUUUUCAUAUAAACAAAGAAGCACAAGCGGAGCACUUGUUUGCUUUUCCGCGGCAUGCAAUACAAAACUCAGCAGUAUGAAGAGAUCAGCAUCGCAAUCUUGCAACCUUCCAGACCCAGAUCGGUAGUUGCAAUGGAUAGGGGAUCUCACCGUGCGAAAGCUGAUGGCUUUGACAAAGCAACAGCCGGCGCCGGAAGAACAGUCAUAUCGUAAAGGAGACUACUCGGUGCAGCACGGCAGCGGCGAUAAAGGUCGCAUGGCCGCCGCCUUGAGCAGCAGUGGGGUUGGAGGGGGACGCGGCCGCGCGUCUCUCGGUACUGUGUGGGCGUGGGGGAAGUUCGCGGCCGGGGACGGGAGUGUAAAGUGGAUGUGCGACAACUUGGCGGCAGCCACGAAUGCCAACGAUCAGUCGGAGGAGGCAUCCUCUGUAAAAACGCCCCCAACUCCUACGACGACCCAUUCUCAAGAUGGGGAGAAUUCUGCUCUUACAUACUUACACAGAUCCAGAAGUGUUCUGACUCAGACACGACAAGCUUCUCUCUGCAAUGUAAUGCAGCUUAGCAAGUGCAGCCGUGGAUGAUGACAGAGCCGUCUGCUUACGACCCUGUCUAGGGCAUUUAUUAUGAAUUCUAAAACAUGACUAGAGCUGCUUCCUAAGCUGGCGAUACUAUACGCACUUUACAAAUGUUCUUCGUAAAAAAUGCGAAUGUGUGUGACAUCUACUCGGGGGUGGGGACGUUUUUACUCACGAUAGAAGGGCAUGGAAAGCUACAAGUUGCGGAUGGACGGCAUUGAGAACGAGAAGUUCGAUCCGGUGCUCAAAAUGGCCGAACAAAGCGAAUGGAUGGACACAGCGGGGAGGAGUGGAGGUCAAGAAAAAGGUCCACCGCGCGAGGAACCGCCACAGCAAGAGGAAGGGAUUUCUUCUACGAGCGUCUACAGCAAGAGGAAGGGACAACUAUCUAUGAGCUUUAUCCAAGGAAGGGAUUUAUUCGGUGGAAGUGCAGCUAACAGCGGCUACCAGAGAAAUCGCCGGCACUACAUUAGUUCGAAAUACAAGUUGCUGGCCCAGAAGUUUUCGGACAAGAGUCUGACGAACAUUUGCAAACAGAAGUCGCAGUUUGAAACCAUGGGCGGCGUGUGUGAAGACAUGCAGUCCCUUGGCGCUCAGUUUAGCGAUUCGGCGGGAACGCGGACCGGUGUGCAGGAGACCAUGGCGCUGGCGCGGAGGCUGAACGAAGAAGGGAUGGAGCAGAAAGCGGCUACGAAUAUCGAGUGCAUUGAGUUGUCUGCGCCUGGAACGAGAGUGAGCCUGUUGAUAUUGUCAUGCAUUUUUCGCAUCACGCCGAUUUUCUAGCAUGCAGACAAACGCAUCACAGGUCUGAUUGUCGAGGGGUUUUUCAUGUCGCCGAUUCUCCAUGGGAAAUUGGGUUGCUGCAUAGCAAAAACCAGCGGCCAACUGUUGCCGUUCCGCCUCCAGCACUACAGAUGUUUCCAUGUGAACCGGAGUAAGCUUUAUGUUCAUUCCAGACCCAGGCACAGUUGAAAAAAUGCAUAGUGCAGGCGGUUAAGCAGAAGGCCAGACAGGCACGGCUCAGCGCCGAGGCGGACCGUGAAGCCGCCGCCGCGGCUAUCAUAUUGAAGUCCAUCGCCUCGUCCCCAUAAUCGAAGGGCAACAUGUGUUAAUGCUGCUUUCGUAUAUACAGAAAUCAAACUCGUCAGUGUUAUGUCAGAAGGCAAGACGCGCGUAGCGUGCCCUAAUGCUCUGAAGCAGCGGAAAGCGUUGCAUGUGCAGCAUGGGAAGCACAAACCGCAUUUUCAUAAAUAGCAUGACGAUCUGCCUGCAUAAACUGAGCCGCGAGUGAGCCUCCUUGCCUUGCAGCGACACAAGCCGAUAGUAGCGACUUGUGUACUUACACAAACCAUGUGUGAGAAGGAGCCUCCUUCUGAAUAUGGGGAGGAGUGGCGAUUUUCCUCACAAUAGCGGCCGCCAAAGUCGAGGCACAGAAGAAGGCCGAAGCCGCCGCCGCCGAUAUCAAAAUGAAAAAUCCCGCCUCCCCAUAUUGGAGCGGAAAUUUCUGUUGCUGGAUUUGUGUACACAAAAUGUCUUGCGGUGAGGCACUGCAGGCAAAGCCUAAGCCGGUGUAGGGUGUUUUGGUAUAGGUGCUUAGCAUAGCAGAGGCCUGCUAUGUGGUCGGCGCAACAGCAUUACAAAUUGCCUGCUCAUAGUUCCAGACUUUUUGUGUUUGCCCUCCUGCAAGACAGACUCCAUAAAUCAGCGUCGCUAAUUUUCAGCAGCAUACCUUUUCGGUAUGGGGACGGGGGAUUUUUCUUCACGAUAGCCGAGAAGGCCAAAGCAGAGGCGACCGCCGCCGCCGAGAAGGCCAAAGCAGAGGCGACCGCCGCCGCCGAGAAGGCCAAAGCAGAGGCGACCGCCGCCGCCGAGAAGGCCAAAGCAGAGGCGGAAGAGGCGGAGCGCAAGGAGGCGGAGGACAAGGCAGCGGCGGAGGCGAAAGCCGCGGCGGAUGCAGCGGAGGCGGAGCAGAAGCGGCUUGACGGUCUGA